GUCAAAAGCCAAAAUUCUCUUUUUGUUUCAGAAUGAAGAAGCUUUCUUUGAAAGCGCAAAGAGUUCUUACAAACGAAAAGAUGCGGUGCGUUUCGAUAAGAAGAACUUCCAACAGUAAUCAUUACCAGCCAUCUGUUGAAUAUGUUCGUGACGGACCUGAAACCGAGAGGGAAGAUGAGCUCGAAAAAUAAUUUCCAUUGAGUCCCUACACAAGUAGGAACAUCUCUCUGACGCUUGCACGUCAGACAAUGAAGACGAUCCCUUGAUUAACAUUCCUGACAUUUCUAUGGAGGAAUACGAAGUUUGUUUGGUUUCAAAACCAGAUUUUGUGUGGACGCUUACGAAGUACCAAUCAGCACAAGUCGCACAGUUCAAUGGUCUCUUUGAAAACAAAUACUGGAAUCUGUAAGACGCGGCCAAGGAAGCUUCUAUUGAGUUAUCUACAGCAUACAAUUAUAUACAGUGGAAAGAAUGGGGUUUGCAUCUUGCCUGGUUACGUACCUGCUACGGAACUGAAACCGAAGCAGAACAAUCUUAAACUCACUGACGAACAUCCCCAAAUUAUUGAACAUUAUGUCGAAAAGCAUCCAACCUGCACUGUUAAGGAUACAACAGACGAACUUUGUAAAGCAUUCGAGAGUCUAAAGAUUUAUCAGUUCACUGUUUAUCGGCAUAUUACCGACAAGCUUUCCUUUACAACUCUUACUCGCACCCAACUAAAAAACAUGGUACGUCCUGUCGCAUGGUCAAAGAAAGGGCAGUCUGCAGAUGUCGAAGUACCAACACAACAAGGCACUAAUCUAAGUGUACUUGGAUGUAUGUCGUGUUAUGGUCUCAUUUCACUUUCACAACAAGUUCCACGGAUGACUGGAUUUAAAAGGUGUAAAAUUGUUAGCAAAAAUCUGGUCUUCUCCAAGGUACAUCUUAAUGGAUAA